AUGCGUUCAAGUCUCAUUUUUACCCUGGCACUAGGUGCGGCCUCAGCUGCCUACGGUCAAAUCACGCUGCAGCCGACGACCAUCAGGCAGGGAACUUGUCCCGUGACCAAGACCAUUACAUCCGUCAUCAUUCAGACAGACACUGUCAUCAAGACCAUGACAGAUUUCCAGACGACUACGGACAUCAAGACUACAACAGAUAUCAUCACCAAGACUGAAACCGGCCUCAAGACUAUCACCGCCUUCAUCACGGAGACCGAAACAGCUUAUAAAAUCCUCACUGAGACCACCACUCAGAAGGUCACCGAGCUUGUCACCAAGACGUCGACGGAGACGGCCACCAAGACGAUCACCACGACAGCAGUCACCACGCUGCCCUGCAAGCCUCCCGUCUUGCACGACCACAGCGACACUGACCAAGUCAGCUGGAUGUCCUGCUCAAGCGACCACCACGACAGCAAACUUUCCUUGUGA